UCUCUGUUGUAGGUUACGGUGUUAUACGAGAAGGCUAAGGGGAUUCUAAUGGAAGAAAGCAAUGUGACCAUCUUUUGUCUUGACCCUUCCCGAUAGGAAUAAACAAACUUGUCCAAUAUGCCAUAUAAUGUGGAAGUAAGAAAGAGAAAUGAAGGCCUUUUCCAAGUUGUUGUUUUCAUCUGUCCAGGAUAGCACCUUUUUCGAAAGCUGUGGUGUGGCUGACCUUAUAACAACUUGCUGGGGAAGAAACAGGAAAUGUGCGGAGGCUUUUGCUAGGAAUGGCGGGAAAAGGUCUUUUGAUGAGCUUGAAGAAGAGAUAUUGCAGGGCCAGAAAUUACAAGUAAAUACAAAAAUAGUUAUAGUGAAGAGCAGCACUGCUAUUAGUUAAAGAA